AUGCAGUGUAAGUAUGAGCAACGUGAAACGGCGAAGCUACAUCUCUUAUUUCGUCUUUAAACCAAUUACUGUAAAGUGCAUCAAUAUUCCACUGACAUCUAGCGCACUAUGUCAACAGCAGCUGCUUCUUCGGCUACUUAUCAUCAGCCCAGCACUUCAGCCGCAGCCGCAGCCACAGCCACAGGCUCUUCAUCUUCUUCCUCUUCUUCAUUAUCUCCUCGCCCGCCGACAUCUCCUCCUCCCACGAUCGCAUCUCCGUCAGUCGCCCAUGCCCAUGCUCACGCACAAAUCCCCUCCGCAGCGCAGCAGACUUCGCCGCCUCCUCCGCAACUACAGCCCACGCUUCCGUCGGCCGAGACACAGCGCCACGUAGCGGAAGCACGUCGCGCUGUCGUCGCAACGCUAGAGAACAUGAUGGACUCUGAGCUGCAAUGGCGCGCAUCUACGUUGCAUUCCAACGCUGCGGCGCUGAGCAAGCAGGCGCAGGAUGUGCAGCGGGCGACUGAAGGACUGCGUCGUGAAAACGUGAAGCUUGCGCGGGAGGCAGACGCUGCGGCGCGGAGGCUAAAGGAGCUCGGUAACGUGCAGAACUGGGCUGAGGUGCUGGAGCGCGACUUUCUCGUCCUGGAGGAGACUGUCAGACUCGCAAAUACCGAUCGUAGCUGUAGCUGCAGCGAAUGUGGAAGCUAUACUGGGAGUGAGAGUGACGGCGGUGAUGUGGACGAGGACCAGCGGGCCAUGAAGCUUGGCCAAGAAGAGAGGGGCACGGAUGUUGAAGGGCGUAAAACGCUCGGUGUUGAGAUGGAUAUCGAUACGGAGAACCAUGCGCCGGAUACGGCUUCUAUGUCAACGAUUUCACGAUGAGAAGAUCACCGAGCGAGUGAUGAGUCACGACCAUUCUGAGUACAUUAUGGGACCAGGGAACUGGCAUCCACGGUAUAUGAUUUUAUGAUAACCAUUCAUUUUGAACAAUGCUAUAGCAUGAUAGUCUAAUAC